AUGAGCUUUAUGAAGAAAAUGCAGUACACCCUGCCUGUUUCUCUAUCCGCUGUCGCUUACGCUGCUGUGAGAUCCCGCCAAUCCAUCAGAUGCUCAUCUACAGGCAGCAUUUGGAGAGACGCCAAUCCGAACUCACCGCGUGCAUCUCCUUAUCCGCUUGUUUUCAUACGUACACCGGAGAAUUGGGGUGAAGACGCAAAAGAAUGGCAAUCUACGCAAGGUUUACUCAUUGAGAAGGGAUUCGGAUGCUUGGAGAUCUUCUGCGAUGAGCACAAAGGCAGCACGUCUAAAGAAAUACUCAAGAAAAUGGCUGACGAUGUACAGCAACGGAUAAGGCUAGCUGCUAUUCCCUUCCCACCUGUGCUAUUCGCAAAGGGAAUGGGUACGCUCAUCGCUGAAACGCACAUCAGCGACUAUCCUGUUUCUGGCGUGGUUUUAAUCAAUCCACCUUACAUUGAUGGCGAGAAGUCGCCUAACGAGAAGGUACUGCCAAGCCCCGUUGAAACUUUCAACUACGAAGCUUUCCCGAGAAUUGCAGUAAUGGAUCAACUCAAGAACGUCGAGCAGCUUGAGCAGCAUAGGUUAGCAGACUCAGACGCGGAUUUAAUCAUGUACAACGGAGAAUAUGGCCAAAAGCAGUCGCUAUAUGAAAUAGAAAGAUGGCUUGACGAUAAAGGGUUUUGA